UUUAUAAAGAGAUUGCUGUAGUUUGUGGCAAAAGGCUCCGGAGUUAGUGGAAAGGACUGACUUGAGGGACGAGUUUGACCAGUAUCUGCUUAGAGUUUAAAAGCUACUGGACUUGACACGACUAAAUAUUUACAACUGCCGACUUUGGACUGAGCCGCGUUUGAGAGCGAGAACUGGGAGAGGCAGCAAUGGCAGACAUACGAAAGAAACUUGUCGUGGUGGGCGACGGUGCAUGUGGGAAAACAUGUCUACUGAUAGUAUUCAGCAAAGACGAGUUUCCAGAAGUGUAUGUCCCGACUGUGUUUGAGACGUACGUGGCGGACAUAGAAGUGGAUAACAAGCAAGUCCAGCUGGCUUUGUGGGACACAGCCGGACAAGAGGACUACGACCGGCUGCGGCCGCUCUCCUAUCCGGACACCGACGUCAUUCUGAUGUGCUUCUCGGUGGACAGCCCGGACUCGUUGGAAAACAUCCCUGAAAAGUGGGUCCCUGAAGUGAAACACUUUUGCCCGAACGUACCCAUCAUAUUAGUGGCCAACAAGAGGGAUCUCCGCAACGACGAGAACGUGAAGAAUGAGCUGUCUCGGUUGAAGCUGGAGCCAGUGAAAACAGAGGAUGGCCGGGCCAUGGCCACGCGCAUUGGCGCAUAUGACUAUUUGGAGUGCUCAGCUAAAACCAAGGAGGGGAUCUGGGAAGUAUUUGAAACGGCAACACGGGCAGCUUUACAGAAACGACAAACAACCACAGGUGGCUGUUUCAAAUGCUGUGUUUUAAUGUGAACUGACUCUGGCUUGGGCGGGGGGCUACUGGGACGCGCAAGAACAGACGUUUCCUGCGUUGGGGUCUGUGUCUGGGCAUGUGAGGGCAGUGACCAUUGUUCGGACACUCCCUCGAAGUCGGAUGCCUUUGCUUGAACCAAAACCGAUGACUGCAAACGGAGCUGAUUGGAACACACACGAAUAUCUGAUGGCGGGUGUAAUGUGGGGGGGAAAUACACUGGUUAUGGCAUGUUGGCAUGUUCUUUUUGGGGUCACAUGAUCCCAGUCUGACUGGAAAAAAAAAAUCACAAAGCGUUUGAUUUCAGUGGGCGACUUUUCAAUCCCCUUCUGCAUCUUCUCGUGUAGACGAGAAGGCCUGCUGGAGAGUCGAGAUGACUCUGCUCUCUUUUUUUGUGUUUUAAAGUUUGCAUAGGCCACAAGCUUUAUUGCCAAGGUUAUACUGUGUAACAAGUAAAGCAAAAAGAACAAAUGCACUGUAAUUUUUAAUAUGAGGUAAUUGAAGUUUGAUCUUGCACAAGACCAGGAUGCUACAGCAACUCAUAGAAAGAAAGCUUGUUAAAACUACAAGUAUUGCCAACUUGUUGUUGUUGGUUUUUU